CACACUUCCACUUGACAAGAUCCAACGGCUUAGCGUUCCUCUCUCUUCAUCAGACAGUCCAGGCAAAAAAAAAAUGGCCACUUUGGUUUCUCCAUUAGAAGCGUUGGCUUUCGAAUACGUUAGCUUCGGUGUUCUCGCCGUCAUCAACAAUGUGUGGACAUGGAUCGCUGUCGUGACGGCAGCUGUCAGUUUCUGGAGGAUGAGAGUCACCACCAUUGGAGACGACGGCCGUCGUCAUGGAUGUGGAUUGUUAGAGGAACAAACCGCCUCGAAAACUGAACAAGAACGACAAGCAGUAGCUGGUCCGGUUAAAGAAACGGCGGCGGCUCGAGUGGAGGAAGCGUUGGUUAUGAAAACGGAGGUUUGGGAGACGUUAAUGUGCGAUGACGGAGUGACAAAAGGGAAGAUGACUAUGUACUACGAGGUAAACGUUGACGGAGGGAGGGAUGUUGACGAAGACGGAGAGUUAACGUCCGCUGUUAACUAUGGAUGUGGUUCGGGUGAUUGUGGAGAGUGGUGGGAGAGAUGGGAAAGAGUGGUGAAGAUGAGAAAUGGUGAUGAAGAUUGGUACCGUUACGUGGACUUGAUGGUGAUAAACGGAAGUGUCGUAAGAUUAUGGGAUGACAAAAGGAGCCUGUAACGGCGGAAGGUGUUUACUACAUGAUUAGAUACUUCAAACCUUGUUGGUUUAAAGUAUAUUAUUUUUGGUCGAUUAUUUUUGCAAUUUGUAGAUAAUUUCUCCUGAACAAGACCAGGAGCUCUUGAAUUAGAAUAAAUCAGUAUCAACUGUUUA